AUGCCCAGACACGAUGAGGAGCAUGGCAGUCGCCGGCGACGAUCGCUGUCGCGAUUGUCGGCAAGUGACUCAGGCGCCCGCAUGACCAAGGACCAGCACAGCGGCAGAAAGCACAGGGACGACCACCAACCGGCUCGGGAGAGGCAUCGAAGAGACCGAUCAGCGUCGGUAUCGGAGCCUGACCGGCACUCUAGGCACCGGAAAUACCAUAGGAUCCACGGGCGCAGAAGCCGCUCUAGAAGCCCCCGCGAACAGUUGUCUCGACGACACCGCCAUUCCAGAGAGCGCCGUCGCGAUGAUCGAGACUCACGCGAAUCACCUCAACCUCGACGGCAGCGUCAUGCUGAUUCGCCCUCCCGAGGCUCACCUGGCGCAGAGCGACGAUCCAAGAAACCCCUCUUGUCUCAGAAAGACGCCUUCUCCAAAACGUCCAGCGAGAUUUCUCAUGCCUCCACUCCAGCCUCAGACAAGGAGAGGCCAAAUUUUGCAACCACAGGGCGCUUGGCUGCUGAGACGAACACUGUCCAAACAGGUGAUGGUGCCAUCGUUCUCAAGUACCAUGAACCCCCAGAAGCUAGAAAGCCGGCGGCGAAAGAUGCAUGGAGGUUGUACAUUUUCAAAGGGGAUGAGUUGCUAGAAACGGUGGAGCUGGGUGGACGUAGCUGCUGGUUGAUUGGCAGAGAGAGGUUUAUCGCAGAUUUGCCCAUCGAUCACCCCAGCUGCUCCAAACAGCAUGCUGCUCUUCAGUUCCGAUACGUGGAAAAGCGGAACGAAUAUGGGGACAAGGAUGGACGAGUCAGGCCAUACUUGGUCGAUCUAGAAAGUGCCAAUGGAUCAACCGUCAAUGGCGAUCCUCUACCUCCGGGUAGAUAUAUGGAACUCAUAGAUAAAGAUGUCUUAAAAUUUGGAUUGAGUACGAGGGAAUAUGUCCUCAUGCUGCCGCCAGCAGACUGA